AUGAAAAAGGCUAAAUCAGCUUUAUCUAAUUGGAGUAAGGAAACUUUUGGAGAUUUAUUUAAACAAUUAACCAUAAGGGAAGAUAUUGUUAAGAUAAAGGAGCAACUAUUUGAGGAAUCCCCUUUAGAAGAGAACAGAAUGGUGCUUCAAAAGGCUCAGGCUGAGUUCAAGAAAUAUUUGCAUAUUGAGGAGGAGUUUUGGAGACAAAAAGCUGGUAUUCAGUGGCAAUCAGAAGGUGAUAGAAACACAAGAUACUUUCAUAGUUUGGUGAAGGGGAGAAGAAAAAUAUUACAUCUUUCAAGCAUUCAAAAUGCAGAAGGAGAAUGGAAAGAAGAUGAUGAUCAAAUAGCAGGAGCAGCUAUUGACUUUUACCAAAGUCAAUUCACUAAAGAAAAGACUUCUCAAGACUGUAGAUUGUUAGAUGUGAUUGCUCCUAAAGUAACUCAGGGGAAGAAUUCUUUUCUAAGUGCUAUUCCAACCUUGGAAGAAGUGAAAAAUGUUGUUUUUGCAUUAUCAGGUGAUAGUGCUUGUGGACCUGAUGGUUUUUCAGGCAUCUUUUAUCAGAAGUGUUGGAAUAUUAUAGGAGCAGAUGUGUAUAAUGUAGUGAAAGCUUUCGAUGAGGUCUCUGCUAAUCAAUCUGGAUUCUUAAAAGGGAGAAACAUCAUUGAGAAUAUUUUACUUACUCAAGAGUUGGUGGCUGAUAUUAGAAAGAGGGGGAAACUAGCUAAUGUGAUCAUCAAGUUGGACAUGGCAAAGGCAUAUGACAGGGUUUCUUGGAGAUUUCUUACUCAGGUCAUGAGGAGAAUGGGAUUUGCAGAUAUGGCUUUGAGUGAUUAUUUACCAUCUCAAUAUCAAUUAGAUGAAUCUAUUGAUGAAGUUGAAGAAUUGAUGACUGAAGGUUAA